AAGUUUGUGGCUGGUCUCUCCGCGAAUGACACGCGCAGGAGGAGGGGGAGAGAGAGGAUUAGAGUCUCCGCAGCAGCGGCGCUGUUUUAAUAUCAGGGAGAAAUAAACACGCAAAAUGGGAAAUACGGAUUCGAAGCUGAAAUUUCGAAAAGCGGUUAUACAGCUGACCACGAGAACUCAGCCUGUAGAAGCCACAGACGAUGCCUUCUGGGACCAGUUUUGGGCUGACACUGCCACCUCAGUGCAGGAUGUAUUCGCCCUUGUGCCAGCCGCCGAGAUCCGAGCACUUAGAGAGGAAUCACCCUCCAAUUUGGCAACCAUGUGUUAUAAGGCAGUGGAGAAGCUGGUGCAGGCAGCAGAAUCAGGAUGCCCCAGUGAGCAAGAGAAACAGGUUGUUCUGAACUGCACACGCAUUCUCAGCCGCAUCCUGCCCUACAUCUUCGAAGACCAGGAUUGGAGGGGUUUCUUUUGGUCCACCGUCCCCGGGGCCGGACGAGCUGGAAUGGACGAGAUGGACGACGACGAUGAUGGAGCGCGGCCGUUGGCGGAGUCUCUGCUCCUGGCCAUCUCCGAUCUGCUCUUCUGUCCCGACUUCACCGUGCAGAGCCAUAAGAAAGGAGGACCUGAUUCACUGGAGGAUAUGCAGUCGCUGGACAGCUGUGAGUACAUCUGGGAGGCGGGGGUGGGCUUCGCUCAGUCACCGCCACUUAACUACAUCCAUGACCUUAACAGGACUGAACUGUUGAGGCUGCUGCUGACCUGUUUCUCAGAGGCCAUGUACCUGCCACCGUCUUCAGAUGGCAACAUCAUCAAUCCUUGGGUCACUUUCUUUUGCUCCACUGAGAAUAGGCAUGCCCUGCCUCUGUUUACCUCCCUGAUUAACGUGGUGUGUGCAUACGACCCGGUGGGCUACGGCAUUCCCUACAACCACCUGUUGUUUUCGGACUACCGGGAGCAGCUGGUUGAGCAGGCAGUGCAGAUCCUCAUCGUCACUCUGGAGCACGAAAACACUCAGCCUCCACGCGCUCCCUCCCCCUCCAGCAUGGACGAGCAGGAUUCUGUAGGCCCACAAAACCUUUUUGUGAACUACCUUUCCAGAAUUCACAGGGAAGAGGAUUAUGACUUUGUGCUAAAAGGCCUGGCUCGCCUUCUCACUAACCCGCUCACUCAGACCUACCUGCCCAACUCCACCAAGAAGAUCCAGUUCCACCAAGAGCUUCUGGUCCUCUUCUGGAAAUUUUGUGACUUUAACAAGAAAUUCUUGUUCUUUGUUCUGAAGAGCAGUGAUGUGCUGGAUAUCCUGGUGCCGAUUCUCUACUACCUGAAUGAUGCCAGAGCUGAUCAGUCCCGUGUUGGUCUCAUGCACAUCGGAGUGUUCAUUUUGCUGCUGCUGAGUGGGGAGAGGAAUUUCGGAGUGCGUCUCAACAAACCGUAUUCUCUUCGUGUCCCGAUGGAUAUUCCAGUGUUCACCGGCACACAUGCCGACCUCCUCAUCGUAGUUUUUCACAAGAUCAUUACAAGUGGCCAUCAGCGUCUGCAGCCGCUCUUCGACUGCCUGCUCACCAUUGUAGUAAACGUGUCUCCUUACCUGAAGAGUCUGUCCAUGGUGGCGGCCAAUAAGCUCCUGCAUCUUCUGGAAGCCUUCUCCACCAACUGGUUCCUGUUCUCUGCUGCUCAGAACCACCACUUGGUCUUUUUUUUGCUGGAGGCUUUUAAUAACAUUAUCCAGUACCAGUUUGAUGGCAACUGCAACUUGGUAUACGCCAUCAUCCGCAAGCGCAACGUCUUUCACCAGCUUGCCAACCUACCCACCGACUCUGCAUCCAUCCAGAAAGCCCUGCAAAAGAAGAGGAAAUCUCCCGAUGCUAUCUCUCGCACCAACUCCCAGGAGACAAUUUCCAUGGUGGGCUCUCGUCCAGCCGUACCUGCCGAGCCGGGCACGCUAAAGGCCAGCCUUGUGGCUAUGCCAGGUAUUGAUAAACUAACAGAGAAGUCCCAAGUAUCAGAGGAUGGUACCAUGGUGUCCGUGCCAAAGACAGAAACUCCGAACUCACCGGAACACGCCGUCUUGAGUGGGGCUAGCGACACAGAGUCCAACUCUGGAAGAGACAACGAGGACGUUUUCUACACAGAGGCAGAAAUGGCGAGGAGACGUCUAUCAAGCACAUCGUCUGCCGCCACAUACUGGGUCCCAACACCAGAGUGGGUCCUGUCCUGGAAAAGCAAGCUCCCUCUACAGACCAUCAUGCGCCUGCUGCAGGUGCUGGUCCCCCAAGUGGAGAAGAUCUGCAUUGACAAGGGCUUGACAGACGAGUCAGAGAUCCUGAAAUUCCUCCAACACGGUACCCUGGUGGGGCUUUUGCCUGUGCCUCACCCUAUCCUGAUCAGAAAAUACCAGGCCAAUGCAGGCACUGCCAUGUGGUUCCGCACGUACAUGUGGGGCGUCAUCUAUCUCCGCAACGUGGACCCUCCUAUCUGGUACGACACAGACGUCCGUCUCUUCGAGAUCCAGAGAAUGUAGAAUCCAUGCGCUGCCUGUCACUGACUGAACAGAGGGCUGCUUGGUGAUGACCGUCGUCGCUCCUCUCACUGUAAACACCCCCAUUUAAAGCUUAGUCUUCAAUUUCAGCGCAGUGCCAUGUCCCUUCUUUGUAAGUCUCGCAGGUUUACUCCGGUGAUAGGGAAAAAGGACUCAGUGACUCGGAAAACCUGUAACAGUGUUCAUGGCUCAUUGAGAUGGCAUGUGUGGACAAAUGAUAACGUUUCUACAUAUAGCUCUGCCUUUUGAUAAGACCAUAUAAUAUCCAGCAGCUUAAACCAUUGAGAAUCUCUCACUGUGGAUGGAUGAAUGAUUUUCCUACCAUAUGAACUGCCACUGUAUAGAAAAAAAACAUAUA